AGAAGCAGUUCUGCGCAGGGAUUCACGAUUCACUCCUUUUUGUCACGUUUUCUGUUUUCAGUGUGUUUCUACGCCGGCGAAAAAGAGUUUCGGGAUAAAUAUUUAAUUUUGAGGGAUUUUUUAACCAUUCUCGAUGGCUGGGACUAUGAAGUGCUUCUCCAGGCUCUCUCUGGGAUUGUUCAAUAACAAUGUUAAUCGACAGAUUCUUCUCAAUGGAAACAGAGCAUUGUACACCGAGACGUCCCUAGGUCUCCCUGAGUACAAAAACUCCCGCGCGAGCUACCAAGACCGAUACAGAAGUUCCCUGGAGGCGUUCAAAGAAAAAGUUACGACUAACGUGAAUGACGAGAAGAGCCUGAUCUUCACAGAGGACCUGAAAGCCCUGUUGCACGUUGUGGAGAAGAGCCCGGACGACAUAAAUCUCCUCAAGACAGCCCUGGAGAAGUUCAACAGUCAGGACAACGACAUCAGAUUCGGGACCUUCAAGUUCGGUCCAGUCGUCAUGAGGGCAUUCCACUACUUGAACGAACCAAAUGUAGCAUUGGAGACGUUUAGAAAUCCAAAAUUCGAGACAUUUUACGAUCAGCAGACGACCUUCGCCAUUCUCGUUGAUCUGCUGCAUGAGAAUGGAAUGUACAAGGAAGUUAGGGAGGUUUACGACUUGAUUAGGAGUAAAUUCUCGAGUGGAAUCAGAAAUCCGAAGCUGGUGAUCAGUGUUUUGGCUUUAUCUUGUUAUAAAGAGAAUACAAAAGAAAGUCUCGAUUUUGGAGUUAAAGUCUGCAAAGAGAUGAUUGAGAGAGGGGCUGUGCCACUCAGAAAAGUAAUUACCACACUGGGAGCACUAGCUUUAAAGCAGAAUGCACCCCACAUUGCCUUGGAGCUGAUGUCAGUAUGCAGGAAAUCCGAUUACAUCUCAGUCAGGACUGUGAGGGCCAUGGCUCUCUGCGACCUCGACAGGCUCGACGAUAUUGCACAUGACUUCCAAAUCACGUUGAAGAGGGGAAUUCCAACGAAGAAUAAGUACUUCUCCAAUGUCGCUCCAAAAGUUGAAGCUGCUAUUCAACGAGGGAAUAUCAGCCCCAAUGCAGAGAUAUGUGAACUGUUUGAGCUGAUAAAAGCCAGGGACUUCAUUGAUGAAAAGACGCUGGAGGAACACAUCUCGGAGCCACUGGAAAGCAGCAAGGGGCCAGCCCAGCAGUACCAAUACCAGGAGAGUCGCGGAUGGUCCCAGCCCAAGAGGCAACCUGAACAGUGGACCAGAACCCCGAGGGGAUCAGCUGAAAAACAAGAGGGAUACAACCAACGAUUCAACAACUUUUGAAUGCUCUGUUAUCCGCCAACUGAUGACAUUGUGUCGUGUAGUAUUUAAUUCCCAAUAUUUCAAAUUAAUUACAAUCCAUCGAUAACACAUUGUAUCAAGUUAAUUAAUAAAAAAUAAUUGAGAAGCUUUUUCCUCAAUUUAAGGU